AUGGCUCCCACGCGAAACAAAAAGAAGGGAUCCACUGAGUCAAGCUCCUCGCAACAGAAGAGCGCGACAUACAGCAGCUCAGGCAGCCCUUCAACACCACAGCGAAGUCCAAUUCAGAAGAAGAGGACGGGAAUCACCAUGCAGCAGAAACAAGCCUUGAUCGAGAACCUGCGGCUCGAAAUUACUGAGCGAGCUCGCAGGUUACGCGCUCAAUACCAUCUCCAAGCGCAAGGCCUCAGGUCACGAGUCGAGAUACGCCUCAACCGAAUUCCUACAGCAAUUAGAAGGGCAACUAUGGGCGAACUGCUCCUCAAAUACGCAGAACAAGCUCAGCGAGCGCCUACUCCUCGGCCGUUGCCAGUUCCUGUCAAGGAUCUGCCAUUACCGCCGAGUCCUCAAAAGCCUAUCCACCAAACCACUCGCGCGCCACAGGUUGUUGGACGCGCCCAGAAGCGGUUGAGCGAUGAAAUUACUAGGGAUAAGGAGAAUGAGAAUGUUGACGAGAAUCCUAAGAAGAAAGCUCGCGGCGGUGAUGCUGGCGUAGUCCGCCCAGCACAGGUCUUAUCGCCUACGUCGUCCAACUCGCGGUUGGCGAACCGCAGUCGUGCGACUUCUCCUACCAAGUCGUACCUGUAUAAGGCCAGCUCUCCUUUGAAAGGGGGUAGCCCAGCCCGACCUACAGCUGCGGCUGCUGGCGCUGGUGCACGUGCUGGAGGGCUGAGAAAGGUUACCACAACAUCAAAUUCAAGCGCCAACUCGGCUACCCCGACAACGCGAACAAAGCGCGCAGCUACAGCCGCGCCCAAAGGCCCUCUAUCCAGGCCUGGGACACGAACGGCACGCAGAGCUAGUGACGUAGACGAGUCGAGUGAUGGGAGCGCGAAUACCGUGCUCCGAAAGGCUGUAGGGAUGGCAAAUACCGCUGCUGCGCGAAAAGCUGCCCCUGGUAGCGCUAAAAAGGUUGCUUCGCGAGGAGUAGCGAAAUCAACGGCGAAGGCUGGAUCCGCUGGAUCAACCGCCGCUACUGGGAGGAUACUAAGAAAGAGAACCUGA